AGGACUCGUCGUAUCACACCGUCGGAUGGCUUUCGCCGUUCGACGUCCUCCAACGGGGGCUACGUCCGUCCCUGAAGCUGACGUCUGCGCGCUGGUGUAGACGACGAACGAGAUGGCAUGAACGAAGAGUGAUUGCUUGGGAGGCUGGCUGGCUGCAGCACCAAGAUUUCGCCGCAUUCUCACUUGCAGGGAGUGCAUCAAUUGUGAGAUGCACACGUUCGUUUCAGUUGCGAAUCACUCGCUAGCGUCGAGGUUUGUACGUCUGGGCCUUUUUUGGAACCUGGUGCAGAGAAGGAGCUGAGCCAAUUUUAGAAAGAGUGAGGGCGGCUGAGCGCGCUUUUCUUGAGGUGUGUUGGAAAUUGUCAUACUCUCAAUUACACAUUCCUUGAAUUGUGGAAUUUCGAUUGUUGUGCGGGCUUUAUCAUGAGGGAGAAGCAGAGCGGCUUGGAGAGGGCAGUUUAGGGCGUUUGAGACACGCUGGAGAAGAGGACACAAGGAGGUGUUUUGUACAGAGUCGAUGCUGCGAGGCAAGGCACUGUUAUGUGACACUUUAGUAAGGGGCCUCGGCGGCAUGAUGCGAGUUCGCAGAGCUAAAGUCUGAAUCCUGUGACAUAUAUGAGCAGGCAUUCAAGCUUUGCGAAGCUACAAUACAGGACUCUUGGUUCAGGUAUAUGAAAGAUUUCGAGUUUUAAGCAAUAAAUCAAUUGGGAAGUAUGAAAAAUUGUGUACAGCUAAAUUCAUCAAGCAGUCGAUGGUGGCCGCAUUUUCGAGUCUAUUUAUGUUGAUGUGUCUGAUCUGCUCCGGAGAGAAUGGCUGGUUUGUCUGUACAAGUGUUAUUGAGGGCAUGAGCAAUAUUUUGGCCACAGAUCUUGCCAGUGUCACCUCUCUUGGUUGAACAAUCUUGGGAUUAUUGAAAGCUUUAAUCCAGUAGCCCCCAGGUCGAUGAAAAAGUUAGGUUGAAGACAGACAUGUCUCGAUUAUUGAAAUUAGAGAGAUUGCAUGGUGAAUAACGACGAAGUUGAGGUUAGAAUUGGCAUCUAAAAUUUCAUGAAGAUAAAUUUCAAUAUUUGAACUAUCAAUUAAGCUUUUAAGCAUGAAACACCUGUUUAUGAGUUGACCAAUGGUGGUGUUUUCAAAAUAAAUGUACUUUCUUACUUGACCACAUCACAUUUUCAAUUCCUCCUGUAUUACUGAGAGUAACGGAGUCCUUACUCUAGUUCUUAAAGUUUUGUGGAAUGACGUUCUGUGGGGGUUUGCGCUUAUUGUUAACGAAAAGGACGAUACUGCAGAACUUUUUUCGGAGUUAGAACGUGUUAAGAGCGACAAAUCAGUAGAGAUGUAACAGAUUUCUGUCAGUGGUUUGGUGAUUCCUGGUCAAUUAUGUCAGUUUCACUAUUCUGGUGGAAUGUUAUUAGAUGAGACAGGUUAAAUUUCUCAAUACAUACUUCAAGAGUAUACGCCAACAGAAACAGCAGCAACACCUGAUGGGCAUGAAAGUGAAGGAGACUGAGCCAUCACGGCGUAAUCUUUUGCUUACCCGAGAAGGUUAUUUUCAGCAACUGAGUCGCCAACCUUGGAUUAAUUAUGACAAUUGGAACAGCCCGGUGAGAAUUCUGAGCUUGUAUUUGCAUUGACUGCAGUAUGGAGGAAGCGCUGCAGGUUUGGAAAUCAAUGGCAGCCCAGUAACUGUGUCGUUAACAAAAAGUUGCAACCGCAGUUGCAGAGGCUGAUAACCGACCUGUCUUAGGUUUAGAAGGACCGAGCUCAGAAGUACUUUCGGAGGAUCCUGAGCAACUGAGAUCUAAUUCAGGAUUGAAAAAUUAUCAAUUAUCUGUCGAGGACGUGCCUGUCAUCCGUAAGGAAAUGAUUUCGGCAGCGUUAAAUUGUUUCCUUCAUGGAGUUGCAAGGGUCCGCCUACCUUCAGGUAUCAAUGGCACAGUUGUUGCAGUUUUUGAGGACGAGCCUACAAGUGUGAUUGCGUGUGCUAUUACGUCCCCCGAUUACUACAAACAAAUUCUAAAUCCCGUUCAAAAAUCCUCCGAAGACUACGGCGAGGACUCGGAGGGAAGUACUGGUUUGUGGGAUGGGAUUUCUGUCGGCGAUGUGGCGUGCAAGGGUUUGCGAAAUACAACACCACCUUUGGAUCGGUUAGCUACUCCGAGUGGAACGGUGGAAGAGCAAACUAUUGCUGAAGAACUGGUCUCCCCAACUCCUCUCACUGUGAAGGUGCGGUUCACAGACAACGACGAUACUCCGAGGACCGAAUUUAAAGUUAAGUGCUAUUAUGUCAAACAAUUUAUUGCACUUCGAGCAAAAUGCUGUGGGGGUGAGAUGGAAUACAUUCGCUCUCUGAGCAGAUGCAAGGCAUGGGGCGCCCGGGGUGGUAAGAGCAAAGCGUACUUUGCAAAGACUCUUGAUGACCGCUUCAUUGUGAAGCAGGUGUCCAAAUCUGAGAAGCACUCUUUCUUGGAAUUUGCUCCUCAAUACUUCAGAUAUCUUUGGGAAACAAUGAGCUCAGACAGUCCAACCUGUCUGGCUAAAAUACUGGGUUUCUAUACCGUCAGUGUGAAAAGCGGGUAUGAAAAAAAAGAUAUGGAUUUGCUAGUGAUGGAGAAUUUGACCUAUGGCAAGACGAUCAGCCGUAUGUACGAUCUAAAAGGCUCUCUAAGAUCCCGCUACAAUUCAGACAUCACAGGCCCACUGCUGGACCAGAACCUGCUUGAGGAAAUGCCAACAAGUCCCAUUUUUAUGACCAAGAAAUCAAAGUUUUUGCUGGAGCAGGCUGUUUACAACGAUACCAGUUUCCUCGCAAGGGUCCAUGUCAUGGAUUACUCCUUAUUAGCUGCAGUGGUAGAAGACAGUCAAGAGCUAGUGAUAGGAAUCAUCGAUUACAUUCGGCAAUAUACGUGGGACAAGCACCUUGAAACUUGGGUGAAGGUAUCUGGCAUCCUGGGAGGGCCGAGGAACACAUCACCAACUAUUAUUCAUCCGCAAGAAUAUAAGAAGCGUUUUCGGAAGGCUAUAUCCAGCUAUUUUGUCGUCGUUCCAGAGUCUGAGACCUCUCCAAAUGUAUAUGUGGGGAAUCCGCUACCGCGACUUUGUGAAUCCUCCUCGACACCUCGAGAGUGUGACAACUAA